GAUAUCCUGUAUAAUUCUCAGAACAGUAUACCACCUGGAGGUAAAAUUGGCAUCAUUACUUUCGACAAAGAUAUUCAUUUUUAUAAUUUGCAGCUGGAACAGGCGCAAAUGUUGGUUGUAUCUGAUAUUAAUGAUGUCUUUGUCCCGCUUAGUUCGGGGCUUUUGGUUGAUCCAACGCAAUCCAGACUCGUAAUUGAAGGUCUCUUAGAUUCUUUACCAGCAAUGUUCGCUGAAAAUAAGAUUAUAGAACCUGUAUUGGGUGCUGUAGUUAAGGCAGUUCACAUGGCUUUGAAUGAAACUGGUGGUAAACUCUUAAUAUUUCAAACAGCACUUCCAACACUCGGACCAGGGUCUAUAAGGCACCGCGAAGAUUCAAAGCUUUAUAAUACUGAUAAAGAAAAGACACUAUUUGGUCCACAGGAUAAUUAUUAUAAGACAUUAGCAGUCAAUUGUGUGGAUUCUGGAAUUUGUAUCGAUUUAUUUCUAUUUCCCAAUACGUAUAUUGAUGUUGCAACUAUAGGUGAGACUUACUUUUAUCCCAACUUUGAUGCUCAAAGAGAUGGGGAAAAAUUCGUUCAUGAGUUGAAACAGAACUUCUCCAGAGAAUUCGGAUAUAACGCGCUUAUGAGAAUUCGAUGUUCUAAUGGUCUCAAAGUUGCUGAUCAUUUCGGCAAUUUUAACAUGCGAAAUACGACUGAUCUUGAGCUUGCGGGUAUUGAUAGUGACAAAGCAUUUGGUGCCCUGCUUAAAUAUGACGGCAAACUAGACGAAAAAACAGACGCGUAUAUUCAAUGUGCUCUUUUAUAUACGACAUCGUCGGGACAACCUCUUCGGGGUGGUAAGAAAUGCAAUUUUCAACUUCGUUAUGUACUUGUCUUGCUCAUUUACAAAAAAUUGAUAAAUGUGAGAAUUGUAGGUGCUAACCUUACAAGUGAUGUCCGAGUACAUUGCAUGCGUUUAAUAAAGAGUAUUGGUGUAUCGGAAAGUAUCGCACUGUUUUAUCCGCGACUUUUUCCCGUUCAUAAUCUUUCUGAUCAGCGUCCUUCCUGUCUUCGAAAAUCAGACAUCGGUGCAAAUACGUUCUAUCAUAGCACAUUUACAGUCGCAGAG